GAUUUCCUUUUACAUCAAAAUAUCUAAGAGAUAAAGACUAUAAGAAUCGAUAUAUAACGGGUACCAUAAAGAAGAAAUCUGAAUAUAGACAAUCGAAAUUUACUGUGAGGAAACCAUACAUAACAGAACUUCUUAAAAAUAUAAUUAAUUAUACAGAAAAUCUAUUACCACCACCAGAUUUUGAUGCAAUCAUACCAUAUUACAAAGAAUUAU